UCUUACCUCCUUGAUGUUCGGCACUAUUUGUGGCCGGCGUGGUGGAAGGACACAGUGAGGUUCUCACCCCCGCCCCCCACUCCCAUCCCCAGUUCCAUCAAAGCGAACCCGGGCCAGCGCAAGGAUCUCCGAGUUGCGAAUGUGCUGAGGCUGGGACUGUCACUCAUUCUCCGAUCAGCGCGUGAACGCAGCUCGGCAGCGGCUGGCAGGAAACAAUUCUGCAAAAAUAAUAAUACUCAGCCUGGCAAUUGUCUGCCCCUAGGUCUGUUGCUCUGCCGCCGUCCACACUCGCUGCAAGGGAGGGGGGGGCAGAGAAUUUACCGCGGCAAGAACAUCCCUCCCGGCCAGCACAUUACAAUGCUGCAAACUAAGGAUUUCAUCUGGACUUUGUUUUUCCUGGGAACUGCAGUUUCUCUGCAGGUGGAUAUUGUCCCCAGCCAAGGGGAAAUCAGCGUCGGAGAGUCCAAAUUCUUCCUAUGCCAAGUGGCAGGAGAUGCCAAAGACAAAGACGUCUCCUGGUUCUCCCCCAACGGAGAAAAGCUCACCCCGAACCAGCAGCGGAUCUCGGUGGUGUGGAACGAUGACUCUUCUUCCACCCUCACCAUCUACAAUGCCAACAUCGAUGAUGCCGGCAUUUACAAGUGCGUGGUCACUGCAGAGGAUGGUACCGAGUCAGAGGCCACGGUCAAUGUGAAGAUCUUCCAGAAGCUCAUGUUCAAGAACGCGCCAACCCCGCAGGAGUUCAGGGAGGGGGAAGAUGCCGUGAUUGUGUGCGAUGUGGUCAGCUCCCUCCCCCCAACCAUCAUCUGGAAACACAAAGGCCGAGAUGUCAUCCUGAAAAAAGAUGUCCGAUUCAUAGUCCUGACCAACAACUACCUCCAGAUCCGGGGCAUCAAGAAAACCGAUGAGGGCACCUACCGCUGUGAAGGCAGGAUCCUGGCACGCGGGGAGAUCAACUUCAAGGACAUUCAGGUCAUUGUGAAUGUGCCGCCCACCGUCCAGGCCAGACAGAGCAUAGUGAACGCCACCGCCAACCUCGGCCAGUCCGUCACCCUGGUGUGCGAUGCCGAAGGCUUCCCAGAACCCACCAUGAGCUGGACAAAGGACGGGGAGCAGAUAGAGAAUGAGGAGGAGAAGUACCUCUUCAGCGACGACAGCUCUGAGCUGACCAUCAGGAAGGUGGACAAGAACGACGAGGCCGAGUACGUCUGCAUCGCCGAGAACAAGGCCGGCGAGCAGGAUGCGUCCAUCCACCUCAAGGUCUUCGCAAAACCCAAAAUCACCUACGUAGAGAACCAGACUGCCAUGGAACUAGAGGAGCAGGUCACACUUACCUGUGAAGCCUCAGGAGACCCCAUUCCCUCAAUCACCUGGAGAACAUCCACCCGAAACAUCAGCAGCGAAGAAAAGACCCUGGACGGGCACAUGGUGGUGCGCAGCCAUGCCCGCGUGUCGUCCCUGACCCUGAAGAGCAUCCAGUACACAGACGCUGGGGAGUAUAUCUGCACCGCCAGCAACACCAUCGGCCAGGACUCCCAGUCCGUGUACCUCGAAGUGCAAUAUGCCCCCAAGCUUCAGGGCCCUGUGGCUGUGUACACUUGGGAGGGCAACCAGGUGAACAUCACCUGCGAGGUGUUUGCCUACCCCGGUGCCACAAUCUCGUGGUUCCGAGACGGCCAGCUGCUGCCAAGCUCCAACUACAGCAAUAUCAAGAUCUACAACACCCCGUCCGCCAGCUACCUGGAGGUGACCCCGGACUCUGAAAAUGAUUUUGGAAACUAUAACUGUACCGCAGUGAACCGCAUCGGACAGGAGUCUUUGGAAUUCAUCCUUGUCCAAGCAGACACCCCAUCAUCACCGUCCAUCGACCAGGUGGAGCCAUAUUCCAGCACAGCACAGGUGCAGUUUGAUGAGCCAGAGGCCACGGGCGGGGUGCCCAUCCUCAGAUACAAGGCUGAGUGGAGAGCAAUAGAUGAGGAGGUGUGGCACUCCAAGUGGUAUGAUGCCAAAGAAGCCAGCGUGGAGGGCAUCGUCACCAUCGUGGGCCUAAAGCCCGAGACAAUGUAUGCGGUCCGGCUGGCGGCCCUCAAUGGCAAGGGUCUGGGCGAGAUCAGCGCAGCCUCCGAGUUCAAGACGCAGCCAGUCCAAGGGGAACCCAGUGCACCUAAGCUCGAAGGGCAGAUGGGAGAGGAUGGAAACUCUAUUAAGGUGAACCUGAUCAAGCAGGAUGACGGCGGCUCCCCGAUCCGACACUACCUGGUCAAGUACCGAGCGCUCUCCUCCGAAUGGAAACCAGAGAUCAGGCUCCCAUCUGGCAGUGACCACGUCAUGCUCAAGUCCCUGGACUGGAAUGCCGAGUACGAGGUCUAUGUGGUGGCUGAGAACCAGCAGGGAAAGUCCAAAGCAGCUCACUUUGUGUUCAGGACCUCGGCCCAGCCCACAGCCAUCCCAGCGACCUUGGGAGGCUCCACCACGUCCUCUACCUUUGUCUCAUUGCUUUUCUCUGCAGUGACUCUUCUCUUGCUCUGUUAGGAACUUGAAUGCCAAAAAACUAAAUUUGCCUAAGAGCCCGGUUCCUAUGAGAAUGAUCAGUGCCCCCUUUGGAAGGAUCUGUCAGGACUGCCAUGGCCACACCACCAAGCUGUCUGUGCAAGAGGAAGGUUUGGCAAUUGGAAAAAGCUGGACCUCCACACUUAUUACCCUUCACAGAUACUUUUGUGCCACUUCAUAAGGAGUUUGCCCCCUUUUUCAUAGCAGUAUAAAACGUUUGGGAGCUCUUCUCUUUACACCCUCUCUCUCUCUAUAUAUAUAUAUAUAUUAAAAGAACAACAACAAAAAACCAUUACAUUAGGCUUACAGAAAAGCUUCUGCACAUCUGCUACUGGUUGCAUCUCUGGUUCUUACCUGAAAAUGUAGCAGAGAAGGAUUUCUAAGUACUCUCUAAAGCUUGCAUCAGAUUGUUAAAAUCACCCCGUGUCCCCAUUGUAACCCUGUGCUCCUCUGCUGCCCUUCAAUAAGUAGUUGGCUUCGCUUGCAUUUAAGUGCCCCUGGUAAGCCCGCUGCGAUUCACCGGAGCAUUUUGCUGGCAUGAUGGGCAAAGUAAGUCGCCCUGUUGCCCAUGCAGCGGAAGAACUCGGAUUUGUUGAGUAUUUUCUGGGGCUGAUCCAACAUCCUGGGAGGCGCUUUGGUCCUGGUAGUAUAACCAGCACCUGAUGCUGGCUCUGUGAACAGGGCCAACCUAGGACAUGCCCGGCACCUAUGGGCUCUGGAAGGUGCGUGUCUCCCAGUCAGGGUGAUACCUGCUGCAUGGCUACAGGUCAGCCACAGACCUCGUGUCUUGGCGGGUGUGACCCAACUGUGACCCACAUUAUCGCAUAAGCAUCAGUCCCCCAGGUUGGAAGCAUCCACUGUGAGCCUGGCGCGAGUCGCGCCCCCUCCCCACACAUGCUCAGUAGAGCGCGAGGCAGGGCCAGCCCAGAGUGCCCAUAAAUUGGAACCCAGCCAGCCUGUCAUACUGCCCGAGUGCCCCGACCCCCUGUCGGUCAGUGGUUUCAAUGACAUUUUGAAAAUUCUGGUGGAAGCCAGCUGCCCCUCUGCUGUUGGGGGUAGCCCCCGCCAUGCCCAGGAGAGGAGGUGAGGUGUGUUUGUUAAAGUUCCCCGUAGAGACUCGAGUGAAUCCUGCUCAGUGGCGUCCGUGUCGAGCUCAGGGGUACCUUUUCCUGAAUAAAAACUCCCCCCUCCGUUGUGGUCACAUAUCAUUCCACAUAUCUCAUCUCUGAGCAUCUCCACAGAAGUUUGAUUUUUGUUCAUUUUGGUUUCUUUACUUCUCGGUUCUGUUGUCAUUUUUUAAUGUCCAACGACGAGCCUUUCUCUUUGGGAAUCCAAGUGAUCCUGUGGUCUGCGGGGCAGAGCUGCCCGUGGCAGUGGGCGCAGGCCCGUGUCCCCAGCGCUGGUAGUUUAGAGGGUCAGGUACACACACCGGCGGCCACAGGCCACCCAACGGCUCAGCCAGGCAGCGCCUCUCGCCCUGGCCCCGCUGGCCUCCAGCCCCACCGUGAACCUCUCCCCCGGGCUCCCCGAUCUCCCGUCCCACCAUGGCAGCGGGAGCAGACACGGUUCUUAGGCACAAGGCAGAGUAUCAAGGAGAGGCCCAUGGUGCCUCCGGGCCCGGCGUAGAAUCCCAGGGCCAUUAGGAAGGCACAGGAGGGAGACAUGGUCCUCACGCAGGUCGCCCAUCACUGUCCCCUGACUCCCGGCAGGCUCUUGGUAUCAUCUUCGGCAGAAGUUGCAUAUUCAUCCAGGAGGGCCCAUCUCAGAGGUCUGCCCCACCCUGGUCCCAGUCCCAUAGGCAAGGGCCUAUGUCUGUGUUUCUGAAGAUCUGGCCCAAAGUGUGGGGAGGCCUGACAUCCAUGACCCUGUCCCCUCAGCUCAUUCUGGGCCAGGCAGGCCUCAGCUGAAGCAAUGUUGGGGUCAUUGCAUUGGCCCCAUUCGGAUAGGCCCGUGGUUUGUAAGGGACGCCCUUUCGGGAGAUAGCGUUCAGGCACGCCCGCCCCCACCGGACACUGAGCCACCCUCAUGGUGGCUGCAGCCCUCAGCCCCGCCGGGAGCCCCUGAGACAGGCCCUGAAGGAGGGAACGCUCGCUGCCCCGCUCAGCCGCCCUGCCCCCGCGCCCUGUCUCAGUGCUGCCCGAUCUCCACACGCCACAGGGCUUCUCUGCUCGUGUUUUGCAAUAUUUAUACGGCAGGUUUGGAUCACGUUUUUCUACUAAUAAGAAUGCUAACAUUGUUGUGUAGAUAAUCAGCGAGGCCUUGAUGAAGUUUACACCUUUGCAUUAUUAAAGGAAAUAACAGUUCAUGUGAACUCACCAGCGUGUUUGGAUUUUAUUUGAUAGUUGUGUAUCCUACAAAGUGCCAAAAUCCCUUUGCCUCCACCUCACAGGUACCUGGAUUACUUUGAUUGCCCCAGAGAGCCCUUUAAAUUGGACCCCAAACUCGUAGCUUGCUGAGUGGAGUUCUAGUCAAAGGAAUCACUUUCCCUUCCUCAUGAGGAGUGAUGCAGUUUUCUCAGCUCUCCUAAGAGCUGCUGUGGGUCACUGCCUCCUUGGACUUUCCCCAGCAGACAGGGCGAGGGGAAAGUGCCUUUGCGGAGCCAGAAGGUGGUCACCUUGGGCUCAGGGGCGGCCACCGGAACCACAACUCUGUUGCAAGUUCUCGCGAUUGCACGGCUCCCUUAACGACUUCAUAUCCGAGGCUUCACAGAGUGACGUGGUGACAGAGAGAAUCUAAGAGAAAGGUCUCAUUGGCAAGCCCUAUUCUGUUUAUAAUCACACUUAGUUGGAUGCCUCCUGAAAGCCCCAAGACCAGCCAUCUAUUCAGCAGAUUCCAGGAAGGAACAAGCAGACGAGUGAACCUCAGCUUAAUUGUUCCGAGAGGCGGAGGCGGGAGGGGGCACUUCUGCACUGAUGUCCCGUGACACAGUGACUCGGGCCCCCUCAACUGCAAGGUGGGAGAUGUCUUCCCAUUUUGAGGCAUUUAUGAGCAUAGGCACUUGUAGGUCUCAGUCUUGGGCAAGCCAGGUGUUCAGUGCCGACACCUCCCAGACCAGGAACCACAGAGAUGUGCAGCCCCAGCUCCAUAGCCCUACCGUUCAGCGCAGCUCUAAGCGCAGAGGUUGUGGAAGAACUGCUCCCCAGAAGCACUCUAUGUAUGCAGGUGUGCAGAUGGGGUAGCCAGGAGAGGUCAGGGGAAGGUCAUGCAAAGAUAGACCCCAAAGUUGUUUUCUUUUCCUUUUGUCAAAUGUUAAGCAGGAUGCAGGAGAUAACCUUUGUCCUUCUAGUUUCCUGGACUAAGCAAUUCUGUCGUAGCGACCAAGAGGUAAUGAAUGUUGGCUUGACUUGGGUACCCUUUCAUUUGCAUUCUGUGUUUCCUUUAUUUACAGUUUUUUGUAAAGGCUCCACACAUCCUUCCUCCAGCUUGAGGGGUACCUCACUUCCUCUGGAAGUCUAGACUCUUAAUGGUGAACUGGGUGGCCCCUUGGGGAUAAGUCUUUUUUCUCUCCAUCCAUCAAGUACAUCAGUUAGGUCAGGGCCACCAGGUAAGACUGCACAGCUCAUCCUUGGGUGGGGAGUCAUAGGAACAGCUGUUAUUCAUUGUAAUGCAGGCAGAAAACUUAGAAACAGUGGUCCUCAAAGUCUGGGGUGCAUGAGAAUCGCUGGGGAGCUCCAUCAAAUCCUGAGCCUCAGCCCCAGAGAUUCUGACUUGGUAGAAUGGGGGAACCCCAGAAUCUGAAUUCUUAACAAAGCACCCCAGGAAUUCUGCUGCAGGUGGAGAAACAUUAUGCUGAAAGGUAUUUAUUUUUCAACUAAAGAUAAAAUCAUAAGAAUCAAUGAAUAAAGAUGGGACCUACCAAUUGUCUUGCAGGAAAAAGUCCUGCUCGGUACACACUGUGGAGGACAUGGACAUUAGGGAAUCUGUAUCCUGUGCUGGGGACUGCAGGACAUCUAACAUGCAAUGACAGGCCCUUAGAGUUGAAGAGGACCUGAAGACAUCCUCUAUCCUAGGCUCUGCCCAGUGCAGGAACCUCAGCCAGAGCAUUAUGGUAUCCCGGCCAAGGGAUUUUCCAGCCUCUUCUUGAAUGCCGCUGGCAACAGGGAGCUCUUCCAAGGCAGCUCACGCCACACUUAAAUAGCCCUUGUGUGUUAGUUCUGUCUCAUGUGAGCUCAAGUUUGCCUCCUACCCCCAUAGUUGCCAUCCACUAGGGACACUGAAUAAGACUGCUUCCUUCUCAUGACACACCUUUAAAUAUUUGGAGACAGUGUUCUCAUCUCCAAGGCUAAACACUGUUCCUUUGUUCAACAAAUAUUCUUUGAACAUUUCUUAUAAGUUGGGUUGUCCUAGAUGCUGGGGAGACAAGAGACAGGGUACCUGCCAGGAUAUUCUAGAGGGUGGGGCAGCCAGAUAAAAGCAUGUCAAUGAACAGAAAAUGACAGAUAGUGGUAAGAGGAGCAUAAAACAGGGUAAUGUGGUAGGUACUGGGUAGAGGUGCCUGAGUAGAUAAGAGAUCAGGGCAGGGGAGGGGGGAACCUCUGCAAGAAGGUGACAUUUGAGCUGAACCUGCAAGAAAGCAAAGAGCCACCACAGGGUGCCGGGGCUGGAGGGUUCCAGGCACUAUGACAGGAACGGGCUGGGCGUGGUGAGCAGAUAGAAUGGAGCUGCUCCCGGCUAGAGCACAGGGAUUGGAGGCAGGGCUCAGUGCCCUGAGUUAUGAUGGUCAGAGGAGUGGGAGAGUCCACAGCACGUGUAACACCUUUUAGACCAAGGGAAAGAAUUUGAAUUUUAUAUCAAGUGUGAGAGAAGACCAUUGCCCUACCUUCUGUUUUAUAUCAGUCUCGUUGCCCUCCUGGCCCUUGGAGGUGUUGGCCUUGGCCUUCAGAGCAGUGCAGCCCUCUGAUGGAUCUGCUGAGCCCAGAGCACAGGUGGAUAACGGCUGUUUCUCCCACACCGAGCAGCUUUGCAGUGGUUUGUUUUUCUUCCUUAGAGACCUGACUAGUUCCCUAAAACCGUAUUUAUGUAUAAACCUCAGAACAUGGUGUUAGUGCCUUUGAGUCCAAAAAUACAGACAUUCUUUCCCCACGAAAAUACCUUAGGCUCCUUCUGCAGGAAGUAGACACUAUUGGGUAUGGGUGUCAGGUGGCCUCCAGCCCUGAGUCGUGGGAUGGGGAGGAAGCCCAAGGCCGUAUUUCUUCCCUGUUCAGGGAAGCAGCUGUGGUAUUCUGACCAAGAAGGCCUGCGUGGCUUUCUUUGCUUUUGUGUGUGGAUGUGUGAGCGCCACGGGGGAGCAGAGUGGACGGUGUGCUACUGGGGAGAAGACCGGCUCUAGCUGACCGCAGGGACCCAUGGCCAGUUUCCUGCUGCCAAAGCCCGGAGACAGAGUGGUCAGAGCUGGGUCCUCUGAGCAUGGAGCCCAUUGCCAGACUUGGGCCUUCCUGGGGAACAGGCUGUGUCUUCAGUGUGGGUUGAAAGGGACCAGUGGGGGAGCCUGAGGAGGGGCUGGGAAGCAAGAGCAAGGUCCCAAGGAGGCAAAAAUAUUCAAGAUCCUAGGAGGUUCCUCCAGCGCAGGCCCAGCUGAGCCCUGGGUGCCAGGAAUUAGGUUGUGAGUGGUCGUCUCUUAUGUGCUGGCCAGUGCCUAUACACUGAAUUGAAGUUAGAAAUAAGGGCCAUCAGAAUAGGACAGCAGUUGAAGGAGCCCCGCCAUGCCUGAGCAGGGCCCCUGGGACACACAGAGGGCCUCCCAGGAGCACAAACCACAUGGAGACAGAGUGUGUGGCCCAUCUCUGUCACCUUGGGUUACCUGUUCUUUCCAUUAUUUGGCACGUGAUGUGGCCAGAGGCCCCUGGGCCUGGCCCAGAUUCAGCAAAGGCCCUGUGAGACCCAGGUUGUGUUGGCCACAGUUCCUGCCUCCAGUCAACACGCCUGGGUGACCCAAGUGGGUCCAGAGGACACAGGAAGCUUCAGACAAGGUCUGGUGGUACGAUGGGGCUGCCCCUCUGGAACCCUGUCCCCCCAGAAGAAAAAUGAAGCAGGGUACCCACUUUUCAGCCUGGGGUCAUGUUUUCCACACUGGCUUCCACAGAGCUCUGCAUGGGUCCUUGCUUCCCCCAGCACAGCCUUCCGCCUCCCAGAUGCUGGUGGGAAUCACCAAGCGGGCAGGGGUCCACCGCAGGCACCUAGCACCAAUCACGAGGGGGCCCUAUGGAGCCGAGCCUGGGGUCCUUCUGUGAUACCAUCAAUAGCCCAGGGCCCCCAGGGGAUUCUAGAUGGACACCAGGGAGUAAGACACAGAGGUUGAGUCAUUCCAGUGAGUCCAGCUGGAGCGGGGAUGCCGGGCGCUGCUCAAAGGUGAGAAUGUGUGUCCGUCUGUGGUAGGCACGCGUCCUGUGUGAGUGAGCCUGUCGUGCGUGGGUCAUCUCUGGGUGAGUCGGCUGGGUUUCUUGAAAUCUGAUCCAAGCGUGCCUGGCUCCCAGAUGGUGAGUAUUCCCAGACCUUCCGCCUUGCCCUCUGGGCCUAGCGAGGCCCCCUUAUCUCCAGAGUAAGUGGCUUCAUUCGUCUCCCUGGUGCAAUGAAGAAGGAUGGUCCAAAGUCAGGAUCCUCUGGAGCGGCUCCUAAAGAGGGGGAAGGAAGCGCGGAGGUUCACGGGGCGUCUUGGUGUGUCUGACGUCACCACAAGCCCAAAGGAAGCCCUGGGAACCCUCUGUCGCCCCAUCUGGGACCCUGUCCCUGGCAGCUCCCAGGGCUCAUGGGGAGACCAACUGAGUGUGGGUUGAGAGCAGGGAUGGAGACACAUUGCCCAGUCUCCUCCUGACGUGUGGGUGCCUUGUGCCCUUGUCCCCUGGUCUAUGAGAGGAGGCUGCCAUCCCUCCCUCUUGAAGAAAGAGACGCUGUUGUCUCAACACCUGGGGGUAGAGAGGCCCCAGGGAAAGUGUCACUCUGAACACAGAUGCCACAGCCGUCCCGUGGGCUCUACCCCACCCCCAGGGCUGUUGCUCAGCAGGUCCAGGUCUGCAUCUCAGUGUACUAACCAGCACCAUCCCUCUCUCCC